CUGAGGGGAAUUUAUAAGACCUCCAACCCAAAAGACCUGGUAAUAAGGAGAGAAGAAUUACUCAGGGUCCCCCAGGAAUUCUAUCUCUUUGGAUCUGAGCAAGGAAAACGGAUGGAAACAAAAGAAUUCACAUCUUCUAAAGAAGAAUCUCUGUUCACUGAAACUGUGGAGAAGCUCGGUUUCAGGUCAACACUGUCAGUCCAGGGUGGAGGCUGGGGAUUUAGUUCAGAAGGUGGGAUAGAAAAAGUCAACCAUUCAGAAUCCAAAGAUGCCCACCAAUCAUGUUCUAAGCACUCUUAUUUCUGCUCAUCAAUGUUCAGCUACAACCCACUAGCCUCCUUCCACUUUCAGACUGAUCAGCUCCAGCUCUCCAAAGGUGCUCUUAAGGAACUGAAAAUCAUUGAGGAGCAACUAGAAGACACUGAUGGAAUAGACAGAUUCCAAGUAGUGAGGAACAGAACUGAAAACUUCUUCAACAGAUUUGGCUCCCAUGCUAAUCGAGGCCCUCUGCACCUUGGGGGAAUCUACUGCUGGAAGGCCAUUUCAGAGGGUUUCAAAAGUGACCAGCUGGAUAGAGUGAAGCAGCAGACAACAGAUGCCUUGGAGACUUAUAUAAGGGGGAGCUACAGUGGUUUGGGGAUUGAAGUUGGGGGAGAGAUGGCAACAUCAGACUCACAUUCAAUCAGACGCUACAAAAAUGCAACUAACCAACAGCUCCAAAUCCAAGUCCAAUUGUCUGUGGCUCAGAUAGGUGGACCACCGGAAGCUAAUGGAAUUGCUCAGUGGACAACUGGGCUUCUUGCCAGCAACAAAACCUGGUCUGUCAUUGACCGAGAACUUCAGCUGGUUCCCAUUUGGGAAGUCAUCCUAUCUAACCACAGAAGCAAUUUUAAGGACCCCCUUCUGGUGGCUAGGUGUCUGGCAGACAACUACUCUGCUCUGACAGGCCUUGAUGCCAACAUCACAGCUAGAGAGGAGGUGCUGAGUCCCAGAAAGGAAGCAGAACAAUUCCUGGAUGAUGUGAAAUGCUGGGAGGUCUCUGACCAUGAAAAUCAACUUAAUAAACUGAUGGAUUGCAUGCAAGCAUUGGCUGACAAAACAAAAGGGUAUGAUAUUUGGAUUAAUACAUGCCUCACAAAUUUGGAUCUACAGAAUUUUAUCAUAAGUACUGUCAACUUUUGCAAAAUCUCUUCUAUUAAAAAUACUCAGUUUAUUAAAUCUCAGUUACGCAGCCUUCUGGAACCUCAUGUCUACAAAGUAAAAAACUUUCCACAAGUGAAGUCAAUCAUGCAGUGGAUCUCCCAGAUAGAGUCAGAGGAACAGAUAAAAAUCACUGAAUUGUCUGAAUUCCUUAAAAAAUUAAAAGAAAUCCAAAACUCUCUCACAGAAGCAAACAUCAAAUCUGAGUCCCCAGAAAGAGAAGAAGAGGCUCAAAGAAAGGCUACAUAUGAUGUCACCACAGCUCUUGUGUCCUUCUUGAACUACCUCAGAGAAGCAAAGCAGCCAGACAUGCUGCUGCUACUACUCUCCAUUGCAGCUGGGGCAGGCUAUCGGCUGGAAAGCAGUAUUUUCCAGCCUCUCCUGGGGUGUGCUGAGUUAACCUUCCUCCUGGAUGAAAUACAAGCUGUCCAACACAUAUAUCAGGAACUCAAAACACUCUGCACUGACAGGGCACAGGCAUUCCUGGUGCUCAAAGCUCUGACAACCACAGCUGGGGUCUCAGCCAUUUCCCCAGAAGAAAAAGCAAAACGCUUGUCAUUAAUAGACCAACACAUGGAGCACUUACUGUCUGCUAAAGUUGCACAUGUCCUCACAAAAUUUGGACCAGAUCAUGAUUGGGGUACUUUAGAGAAGAAUUUGAAGUUACUCAUUGAUGGGAAAUAUGAAGACAUCAUCUGUUCUUUGCAAAUGGACGAGGUGAAAAAACAAUUGCAAAGUUUCCUGAAUAAAAAGAAAGAAACAUAUGAACAACAAGAUGAUGAUAACAAUGAAAAAGAGGUGAUAAAAAAAGGACCUUUCCUGGACUUACUCCAGCGUCUAGGCCUAGAACAUCACUACCCAAAAAGGAUAAGCAUUGCUGACUUCCAUCUGAUCUACAAGAAUUCUGUAUACAAUACACAGCCAGGAUCUGAACAGGAACUUCCCUUCUAUUUCCUACAAAAGCUACUGAUGCUAGAUUGUGGGUUCAGACAUCUGAUCUUCAAAAAAGCUGGAAAUGCAGAAACCCAACAUUUUGUAGAUCCCUGCAACCAAGAAAAUGAUGAUAUUGAUCCAUAUGAAGAGUUGUUAGAUGACAGAGAGGAAGUCAGUAAUUCUUCACCCACUGAGUGUCAGACCCAAAUUCACCCAAUGGACAUCCAGAUGGUCAUUUUUCACUGUGCAGAUGAUCUUGCCAGGCAAUAUAUUUUGUCAAAACUUUCUAUUUGUCAAUUUGCACUGCCCCUUGUUGUACCAAAUCCAAAUACCUCUCAGAUAGAAUUCUCUCUCUGGUCUCUCAGACAAGUUCGGAGAAGUUGGCAAGAGUCAAGAAAAUCACCACAGGACAAAAGCUACAGUCACAAGAAUCAGCAGAUGUGCUGUGUCUCUACCCCUAUUGUGUCCUUCAUUAGAGUUGGAAAUGGUCUUGCUGCUUCCAAAUCUCAGAUCAUGAACUCUCUCCUCAGUAAACAUAAACAUGAUGUAUUUUUUCACAGACACUGCAGAGGAAGCAGCAAACACUGUCUUCUGAUGGAGGGAGUGGUAGAGAUCUGCUGGUUCUGCCCAGGAAGCCAGGGGGAGGACAUAUUGGACAAGUGUGUGGCCUUCACCAAUCUUCAUGGAGAUGCCAAAGAACAUAGGCAGCAACUCAGCUUCUUGCAGGAUGUCUCUUCUCUCAUAGUGAUCCUCAUGUCAGCUUCUGAUAACAAUAAAGAACACCAAAAAAUUGUCAGACAACUAUGGCAGUCAUCAAAAACACUGGUUUGUUUAAUUGAUGAUAAAGAAAAAGUCAUGACUAAUAAUUCUGGCAGAAAGGUAAGAAUUGGUAUUAAGAAUAGAAAUGAGGCAGAAUUAACAGAAGAACUCACGACUACCAUCAAGCAUUUGCUAGAGAUCUCUGGCACUGCUCUCAGUGUAGAAGACUGUUCACAGGUUGCUCGUAAACAAGGAAUCAUGAUUGAUGAAGAUCAAAGAAAAUUAAAGGAAGCCAAAGAAAAAGCCCAGACAACUAUGGAACUCCUCAAACAAUCCAACUUAUCUCAGAUAAAAGAAAACUUCUUGCCUCUUCAGGGACAACUGUGGCACCUUUGGUGUAAGAAGGACAAAGGACUCUAUCAUCUGCAAGAAAAAGGGCAUCGGAGCAUUGAACAACACAAGAGUGAACUUGAGACAGAAAAGCAAAAAAUACGAUGGCAGCAGUUGGAAAAGGUUUCCCCUAUCAAUGAUUUAAUGAAAUCAGUCCUGAAGAUUCUCAUAGAAGACUCAGAAAAUGACCUCAAACUCUAUUUCUUAUACUGGCUAAGUGUGGUUUUGGAAAACCUAACCUCGGGACACCUAGAAAAUUUGCAUAUGAAAAAACAAUCUUUGUGGUCAGUGGUUCAGGAAGAAAAGCAAAAGGCAGAGAAGAGCAGCUCCAUGACACUCUGGCAGAAGCAGAUAGAAGUCAUUUCUAUUGAGAUUCUUGAUUGCACUUUUGGAAUUGAACACCUUCUUCGAGAAGUUGGCCAGAUCUAUGAAGCCCUAGAAGAAAUUUCCUCCUCUAGAGAUAGCCUUUUUCUCUGCCUCCCUCAAAUAGCUGCAGACCUGAUGGUAGCUGGUGUUCCCAUUGAGCUCAUGGAUGGGGAUGCUUCAUAUGUGCCUCUAAAGUGGGUGGCAGCUGUUUUUGACAAGCUCUCAGAAAAAGUUGAAGACAAAAGGCUAUUUGUUCUGUCUGUUCUUGGCCUGCAAAGCUCAGGGAAGUCUACCCUACUAAAUGCACUGUUUGGGUUAGAAUUCACAGUUAGUGCAGGCAGAUGCACCAAGGGGGCCUACAUGCAGCUCCUAGAGGUGGAUAAGAAAGUCACAGAAGAACUUGGCUUUGAUUUUAUGCUUGUUGUAGACACAGAAGGACUUCGGGCUCCAGAACUCAACAACAAAUCCCAGAAUUGGGACAAUGAGUUGGCAACAUUUGUCAUUGGCCUUGGAAACUUGACUCUCAUCAAUAUUUUUGGGGAGAAUCCAUCAGAGAUGCAGGACAUCCUUCAAAUAGUUGUUCAGGCCUUUCUGAGAAUGAAGCAAGUGAAAAUAUCUCCCAGUUGUAUUUUUGUCCAUCAGAAUGUGGGAGAAAUUACAGCAAAAGACCAAACUAUGGAAGGACGAAGAAGACUAGAGCAGAGACUGGAUGAAAUGACAGCAUUAGCCGCUGAACAGGAAGAGUGUUCAAACAUAACUCGCUUCAGUGAUGUAAUUAAAUUUGAUGCCAAUAGUAAUGUCUAUUACUUUGCUCACCUCUGGGAUGGCAAUCCCCCAAUGGCCCCUCCCAAUCCUCGCUAUAGUCAUAAUGUCCAGGAGUUGAAGAAUGGGAUUCUUAGGACUGCCCAGCAGGAAUCCAGGGGAAGGAUCAUGAAGAUCUCAGAUGUAAAAUUUCGAGUUCAAGAUUUAUGGAAAGCUCUGGUCAGUGAGAACUUUGUUUUCAGUUUUAGGAACACCCAAGAGAUAAUAGCCAUGAGUAAACUGGAAACCAUGUAUAACCACUGGACUUGGGAGCUAAGGAGCCAUGUGCUAGAAUUACAGAAUCAGCUGAACAAUCAGAUUCAGAAUGGAAAAAUCCUGACACUCACAACCAAUGCACUGGAGGGUCCACUUAACAAGAAAUAUGAAGCUAUCAAGCAAGAAUUUGACAAAUAUUUUCAAGAAGACCCAGAUAGUGAAACAUUGGUUCAAUGGAAAGCAAAUUUUGAACACAAGCUACUAAUUCUUAAAGAUACACUUCUUUCAGACACCAGAAGGAAAGGCAAUGAACUCAUCAGUCUUAAACAAAGUCAAGAAAGACUAGAUAACCAAAAGUCACAAUAUGAAAAUGAAUUGUUAGAGAACAGCCGGAAGUUGGCUUUAAGUGUGAAAGGUAAAGAAUUAAGUGAUGAAGAGUUGCAUGAGGAAUUCAAUCAAGUUUGGACAAAGUGGAUCUACAAUGUGUCUUCUACUGCACCUCCUGUCACAGAGCCCAACAUAGAUGGGGAUGCUGAAAGCAUUUUUCUAGAGCAUUUCACAAAGGACAAAAAUAUUGCAGAAAGACUGAAAAGAAAGGAUGAAGAAAUAUUUUGUGUCAAUUAUGACAAGCAUGUCCAAAUGAAAAAAAGAUAUCAUAUAAUUCCAAGAAGUUUAGAAACUUGCCAUAAAGAGUCCAUUAAUAAAACUACUGAUAACAUUGUUUUAAUAUUUGAUGAAACAAUAAAAAACAUUUGGAAGGAAAAGCGUGAUUACAGUCAGAAUGAUUUUCAUAAAAUCCUGGUUAUAAUAGAAAAUGAACUGAAGGCUGUUUCCCCUGAGGAAGACUAUACGUUUACAAGAGACUACACCAUUGACUUAUCCUUGUGCUUCUUCCAAAAAGCAUCUAAGAGAUUCAAGGAAAUGCACAAGGCAUUCAAGACAGCAAAUGAUCCUGUGAACUAUCUGGAGAGCAAGAAAGAUGAUUUCUUCUUGAGUUUUAAAAUAUCCUGCCAAGGUGCCACUUCCAUCACAUCCUUUGUUGACUUCCUGUGGCUCAAACUCACUCCUGCUAUCUCUGCCACCAUAUGGGAAAUAAUGGGUCUUAAAGUAGCUGGGGACAUGAGAUCUACCUGCCCUGAAUUCAAUGGAAACAGAGCUAACUUGGAGAAACAUAUUCUCAUUUCUCUGGCAGAAGAAUUAAACUUUGAUAAGUAUUGGCAAUACAUUCAUCAGCCACAAUCCUUUUUCAGGGAUUACAUUGGAGACCACAUUAGAAGAUACUGUUCAGAAAAAGAAGGUGAAAAACUAAAAACAUUUUUAAAAAUAAGUUUAGGUGACAUCAAGAAUGCCAUUCUCUCUGCCAUUCAUAAGACCACAGAAGUGGCUAAUGAUAAUAGCACUGCUUCUGGCUGGUUGGAUUUGUUCUGUGAUCAUCUAGGGAGCAACCUGAUCUUUCCAAGAAGAGACCUGAUAAGCAUCGAGCACCAGGAGAUAAAGGAUACUGAGUUUCUUAAAGAAGCCAUGAGUGCAGCUUUGGAUCCUGCAAUGAGGAAAGUAGAAGAGGACUACUCAAGGAGGCCCAAAGAUGAAAUGGUUCCUGACAUUGAGAAAAUUCUCUCUGAACAUCUCUGUGGCUGCUGGAAACAGUGUCCUUUUUGUAAAGCGAUUUGCACAAACACCAUUCCCCAUCAUGAAGGAGACCACAGUGUGCCUUUCCACCAUCCUCAGGCUGUCAAUGGAUGGCAUAAGCAUAAAACAGACUACUUUGCCACUGACAUCUGUACUACUUCUGUAGCAAGUGAUAAUUCAUUUAUUUUAAGUGAUGACAAGAAAUUCCCAUAUAAAAAAUAUCGAGAAGCUGGAGGUGAUUUUGCCACAUGGAGCAUCACCCCAGACUCAUCUCACCAGCCAUAUUGGAAAUGGUUUAUCUGUCACUUCAAAUCAGAGCUUGAGGAGAGAUAUGGAAAAAAAUUUACAAAUUUAGGUAAUAUUCCAAAUUCUUGGAACAAAAUCACAAAGCAAGAAGUACUUGAUGACUUGAAAAAAUAAUGGUUGCCAAAAUACAACACUAGGACCUUGGAAGUCUAGUAUCAAUUUAGGUAGCACCUCAAGAUUCUACCUUAUAAAUGAAAUAAGUAAAAGAUAAAUUAGUUAAUAUUUCAAUAUUUGAAGAUUUUCUUCUAAAAAGAUGUUUUUCUCUCUUGAUUUCUUCUGCUUAAACAUCAUAGACUAAAUAUGCGAAUGCAUGGUAAAAUCAGUACCUAUUCAAAAACCAAUUCAUACUUUAUUAUUUCUAAUAUUUGUUUAAAUCUUUAAUGAUUUGGGAAAAGUUGUCUUAUUAGAAGAUUUCUGGCUGUUGUUUAUUCCUUUACAACAACUGAAUGGCAAAUUCAACCAACAUACACAUAAGGAGAAAUAUUGCAAUUUGCCUUAAAUUAGUUUAAGUGGAUGUUUUCCCCAACUCUAGUCAUGAAAAACAUUUCUGACUUUCAUUGUAUCAACCUCCAUUGUUUAUUGAGGAUGCCUAAGUAGAGAAUUUAAGUACCUUCUGUUCUGGAAAAAAAAAAAAAACAUCCCAGAUUUGGUCAGGACAUAUUUUCAAAGAAAUGAAGGAAAAAUGAAUAAAUACCAUUUUUCAGAUUAUAUUAUUAUUCUUUUGUCAAUUUUAUCUUGGUAUUUUUCUGCUAAUCAUUGAAAAACAAGUACAAACCACAAAUAUUAGCAUUCAAACCUGGUAUUACAUCACUACAAACUCUGUAACCUGUACCAGUGACAUGCUUUGCAAGUUAUACUAUUUAAAUAGUAUCACAAUGUUUAGGAUUAACCAAACACCUUCUGAUUUGAUUUAAGACAAAUUCCAUGAGUGGAUACACUUCUAACGCUGCUAUCAAAAGGUCAUUAAUAUGAUAGAUCAGUCUUAGGUCUAGGGGAAUACCUAUUAAUAUUAUUUUUGUAAAGUAACAUAGCAGUACAAUGAUUGCUAUACCCAUUUGCUCAACCUGCGUCAGAGAUUCUCCUAAUAGUAGAUGGGAACUAACACAGAGACCCACAAGUGGACAAUGUGUAAAGUGUGAGAGAACUUAGAGCACUCAGGCCUAAAUGGCACAGGUUCAUCGAAAGUUAUGUGUUUUCAUUGAGACUCAGAGCUCUGCUGAAGAGAAGCUGAGAGAUUGUAAGAGCCAGAGCUGGUGCAUAACAGGACAGAUGUAGUUGUAAACUUAUACAGACUGUGGUAGUACACACAAG